GCCACGCCACACGAACGCUAAAAAUGCCAUCUGCCGAACUGUUCCAAAAUAAUCCACCGUCAUAAUUAAACCUUCAAUAAUAGAGGGUUUUUUGAUUGCAAGUCCAGUUAUUAAUUAAGUGAAUGAUGAGUGGUGUUUCUUGCUGUGAAGGUGAAGGGUUCAGUGCUUCGCCGAUUGUAGAAAAUGCAAGUAUGGACGGUUGUGGUCUCCCUCUGUGUGACGUGGAGGGUUGUGGGUGCAGAGGACUUCCCGUCGCUGAUCACGGCCAAUGGCUCUAUAGCGGUGGUGCUAGACCGGCAGUUCCUGGGCGAGCAGUACCAGCUGGUGCUGGACCAGGUGAAGGACUGGGUGCGGGAGCUGGCGCGGGUCGAGCUCAAGCACGGCGGCGUCGUCGUGCACUACUACUCCUGGACCACCAUCAGCUUGAAGAAAGGUUUCAUAGCGGUCUUCAGCAUCGCCUCCUGCCAAGACACCUGGACCCUAUUCUCAAGGACGGAGGAGGAGGAGCUCCUCUUGUUCGCCCUGACCGAGGCCGACUGCCCUCGCCUGCCGUCUGACGCCGCCAUCACUGUCUCCUACAUGGAACCUGGGCACGAGCUUCCACAGAUACUGCUGGACUUGAGGACUACGAAGGCUUUUCAUUGGAAGUCCGCGGUUAUUUUGCAUGAUGAUACGUUGAACCGCGACAUGGUAUCACGAGUGGUGCAGUCGCUGACAUCCCAGAUAGACGACGAGGACGUGCCAGCCAUCUCGGUCACCGUGUUCAAGAUGAAACACGAGAUCAACGAAUACCUGAGGAGAAAGGAGAUGCAUAGAGUGCUUUCGAAGCUGCCUACCAGAUACAUAGGCAACAACUUCGUAGCAAUAGUGACAUCAGACGUGAUGUCGACAAUGGCAGAAACAGUUCGGGACCUCGGCAUGUCACACACACAGGCGCAGUGGCUGUACAUCGUGUCGGACACCAACACGCACACAGGCAACCUGACCAGCCUCAUCAACGCGCUGCACGAGGGAGAGAACCUGGCGUAUAUGUACAAUAUCACGGAUGAUCAUCCGGAUUGUAAGAACGGCCUAAUCUGCUACUGCCAAGAGGUUCUCAAGGCGUUCGUCUCAGCCCUCGACGCCGCGGUUCAGGAGGAGCUGGAGGUGGCGGGGCAGGUCUCCGACGAGGAGUGGGAGGCCAUCAAGCCGAGCAAGCUGCAGCGACGGAACAUGCUGCUGAAGCAUAUGCAGCAACACAUCUCAGUGAACAGUCGCUGCGGCAACUGCAGCAGUUGGCGAGCCCUUGCCGCGGACACGUGGGGCGCCACCUACCGCGCCUUCACUGAGGAUACCGCGGCCCCGGGGAGGAAGAAGGACGCCGACAAUGACACCACUAGCGGGGUCAUUGAGCAGAUUGAGCUGCUUCAGGUGGGCACAUGGCGGCCGGUGGACGGCGUGCGUUACCACGACGCGUUGUUCCCGCACGUGGAACACGGCUUCCGGGGCAAGCCGCUGCCCAUCAUCACGUACCAUAAUCCUCCUUGGACGUUCCUGCACACCAACGAAUCCGGGACUAUAGUUAGCUACAGCGGGUUGAUCUUUGAUAUCAUCGAUCAGUUAUCCAAGAUCAAAAACUUUACAGCAAAGAUUCUCCUACCAGGCAACGUGAAGCAUGACUUCUCAAACGACACCGUGGAUAGCAUGCAAAGCGAGAGUGCUCUGGCGACGUUGUCAGCAGUGGCGCGGGGGCAGGCGGCCCUGGCAGCCGCCGCCUUCACCAUCCUGUCUGAUCCCAUGCCAGGCAUAAACUACACGGUGCCUGUGAGCACGCAGCCCUACUGCUUCAUGAUCGCGCGGCCGCGGGAGCUGAGCCGCGCGCUGCUGUUCAUGCUACCCUUCACCACCGAUACGUGGCUGUGCCUGGGGUUCGCGGUGAUCCUCAUGGGUCCGACGCUGUACAUCAUCCACCGCCUCAGCCCGUACUACGAGGCCAUGGGUGUGACCCCGCAGGGAGGCCUGUCCACGAUACACAACUGUCUGUGGUACAUCUACGGCGCUCUGCUGCAACAAGGCGGCAUGUACCUCCCGCGCGCCGACAGCGGGCGCCUGGUGGUCGGCACCUGGUGGCUGGUGGUCCUGGUCGUCGUCACCACGUACUCCGGCAACCUGGUGGCCUUCCUGACCUUCCCCAAGCAGGAGCAGCCCGUCACCACCGUGGCCGAGCUGGUGGGGCAGAGAGGGACCUUUACGUGGAGUAUUAGGAAGGGGUCGUAUCUGGAGAGCGAGUUGAAGAACUCAGACGAGCAGAAAUACGUGACGCUGCUCAAAGGGGCAGAACUCCUGACCAGCUCCCCCGAGAUCGGUCUGGCAGGCAGCGGCGCCCGUGUGCUGCAUCGAGUAAGGACCCAGAGACACGCGCUGGUCGACUGGAAGCUGCGGCUCAGCUACCUCAUGAGGGAGGACCAUUUGCGGACGGAUACGUGUGACUUCUCGCUUAGUGCAGAAGAGUUUAUGGCAGAGCAAGUGGCUUUGAUCGUGCCGUCUGGCAGUCCGUACCUUUCCGUCAUAAAUAAAGAAAUAAUGCGCAUGCACAAGGCAGGGCUCAUCGCUAAGUGGUUAUCCGCCUACCUGCCCAAGAAGGACCGCUGUUGGAAGAGCUCGGCGGUCGCGCAGGAAGCCGACAACCACACCGUGAACCUCAGCGACAUGCAGGGCUCCUUCUUCGUACUGUUCCUGGGUUUCUUCAUCGCCUCUUCAGUACUUCUCCUCGAGUGGCUCUACAAGCGACACAAAAAGAAAAGCGAAGAAAUCGUCAUAAAGCCUUAUGUAGAAUAACAGUUUUGUAAUGAUCUUUUAUCUUUAAAAUAAAAUGUAUUUAAGUAA